GUUCAGAGGUCACUCACUGCUGCGUCGUCGCUACGCUAGUGUUUGUACAGCUAGCUGCUUCGUUCUUUGAAAAUGGCAAAACAUCAUCCAGAUUUGAUUUUUUGCAGAAAACAGGCCGGUGUUGCCAUUGGACGACUGUGUGAAAAAUGUGAUGGCAAAUGCGUUAUCUGUGACUCGUAUGUCAGACCCUGCACACUGGUUCGUAUUUGUGAUGAAUGCAACUAUGGGUCAUACCAGGGCCGCUGUGUUAUCUGUGGAGGACCUGGAGUAUCUGAUGCCUACUACUGUAAAGAGUGCACCAUCCAGGAGAAAGACAGAGAUGGAUGUCCUAAGAUCGUGAACCUUGGUAGCUCAAAGACUGACCUUUUCUACGAAAGAAAAAAAUACGGCUUCAAGAAGAGGUGAAGAUACCGAGGCAGUUGUGUGUUGCAGUAGUUUUUCGUGCAGGAGCGUGUUUUGUUAUCAGACUUGUUUAAUAAACCUUUUUUAAAAAUUG